AUGGCAGCUCUACAGCAGUUACGAACGGCCUCGAUAUUUUCCUUGCUAUUCCCAAGGAUAGCGUCAACGACCUUCAGCACACCCUUCAAGUCUACACUCAUUUACACACAUCAAGCGCAAGCGCAACAACCGCGAUUUCCGUCGAUAUCCUCAAUCGCCAUCGCCAUUCCCGCUGCUAUAUCGAGCAUACCGGACUUCCUAGGUGACAUAUGGGAAGGAAUACUCCGAGCGGUGCCUAAGAAAAAGACUUCUCAUAUGAAGAAGAGACACAGACAGAUGGCAGGCAAGGCGCUCAAGGAUGUGACGGCGUUGAACAAGUGUCCAGCUUGUGGAGGAGUCAAGAAAAUGCACACAUUAUGUCCCAACUGCAUGGGUCCAGCAAUCACCAGAAAUCCACAUGGAUCGGUAACAACCAUGUCGAAACAAUAUCUCACAGCGCAUACCAUUGACAAUGCACACAUAACCGACAUAUUCUCCCUCGCAUCUACGCCAACAUCCUUAAUCUCCGCCAGCGGCUCUUCAACAAUACAUAUACAUGCCACCUCUGAGCCCGGUAUACCACUAGCCCAAUCCCUCGACGGUUCACACAAACUUGGCUGUCACCAUCUUGCCGUUUCGAAUAACGGUAAGGUUGCAGCGUCAGCUGGCUUCGGCGGCGAUGUGAAGAUAUGGAAGCUUGCCGAAUCGGGUGGUUGGCAACCGUUCGGGGAGUUAGACCUUACCAAAGGCCCCGGUAAGGCUGCCGGCGAAGUAUGGGCUCUAGCUCUUAGCGAAGAAGGCCAAUACCUAGCUUCAACCACAUACGAUGGACGAGUCAACGUGUGGGAUCUAUUUGGGGAUAGAUCGGAAAAAUUACGAGAAUACGAGGCCGGGCAUGCGGGCUCUGGUUCCUUCGGUUUAUGUGUGGAUCUGAGUCGGGAUGGAAAAUACACUGCCAGCGGUCAUCAAAAUGGCGCUGUCUAUGUCUUCAACAAUGACACAGGCCGAUUACAAUACUCGCUUCCUGGUCUCGUUAAACCCAUCCGGGCAGUGGCAUUCUCACCUGCUGGCACACGCCUUGCUGCCGCUGGCGACGCAGGCAUUAUUGCUAUUUAUGACACCAAGCACGGCGAACAUAUUGGCAACCUGACUGGCCACUCAGCCUGGAUAACUUCUAUCGAUUGGAGUGAUACUGGAGAAUACCUUCUCAGUGGUGCUUUUGAUGGGAAAGUAAAGGUCUGGUCCGUUGAAAGAGGCGCCUGCGUCGCGACACAUGGCGAGACAGAUAAGGCACUCUGGGCUGUCAAGUGGUUGCCUAAGACCGGACGUAAUGAAAUGUUCUGCACAGCUGGUGCGAAUAGAAGUCUCACUUUCUAUCGCGAGGCUACUGGCGCAUAA